AUGUCCGCCACCAAAGCGCUCGCCCUUCUCUCGCUCCUCGGCCUGGCCUCCUGCCAGACCACAGUCGGCUUCGGGCCCUAUUUCUCCCUCGGACCUACCUCAUCAUGGAUCCGAGAGGCUAACACAACCCUUGUCCUCCCGGAGACACCAAGCCCGCAGAAGGACCGUCUGGCUCUAUGGCCGGGCAUGGGCACUAGCGGAGGCGAUUUGAUCCAGGCUCUUGCCGUGUCUUUUGCGGAUCCUGCUGCGUACGCAUCGCACACCCCUGAUGUUACGAUCGAAGCUGACGGGUGUAGGAACUGCGGCGCCAAUGCGGGACAGUGGUGCACGUGGGCCAGUACUCUCGAGGGCACGCAAUUAGGCGGUACGCAGGUGCCUGCUAACGCGGGUGAUAAACUCACCAUGCACUACAAGUAUAACGACAGCACGGGCAAGUAUGACCAGACCGUCGCCAUCAACGGGGAGGUCGUGUCCACGCUAUCCACCAGUUCCGGUCAGGCUCAAGGCUGGGGGACAGCCGUCGAAUGCCAGGAUGAUGCGUGCCACAGCACCGUGGCUGCUCACCAAUAUCUUGAUACUACCAUCAUUCUGAACUCGGCUGAUAGUUCGUUCGGCAACACCCUUGCCAUCAACGAGGCUAGCUCCUCGGGGUUGACUACUUCGGAUGGAGGCAAGACCUGGAUUGUGGCUACUAUUGAUAUUGACUCUCACACUUACAAUCUGUAA